UUAAAUAUCUAUAUUGGGAACGUAAGAGCACUUGGCAAAGACGGUGUCAUCCCUGUCGGACACCGUAAAAAAACCGACCAGGACACCGGCAAUUAACGCAAACAUCGAGUAAUCUGAUGUAACGCGGACUGACCCGGCUCGGUCACGUUUAAAUACCGGGAUCAGGGGCUCGAGGCGGAGGGCGUGGCCGUGAGCGGUGACGCGCAGUGUUUAUGUGAAGCCGAGCAGCGAGCACUGAAGACGGUCACCUGUCAGACCUUCACACCGUGGACCACAAACGUGUGCUGUUGUGUCACCCUUGCCCGGGUGCCAUGGUCGUCAGUUACACAUGAGCUCUACUAUGUGGUACAUCAUGCAAAGCAUUCAAAGUAAAUACUCCUUGUCUGAGCGGCUCAUCCGCACCAUCGCAGCCAUCCGCUCAUUCCCACACGACAAUGUGGAGGAUCUCAUUCGUAAGGGAGCUGAUGUGAACCGGAUGCAUGGCACACUUAAGCCCCUGCACUGUGCCUGUAUGGUGGCUGAUGCUGACUGUGUGGAGCUGCUGUUGGAGAAGGGGGCAGAGGUGAAUGCUUUGGAUGGAUAUAACCGCACAGCACUGCACUAUGCAGCAGAGAAGGAUGAGAGCUGUGUGGAGCUGUUGCUGGAGUAUGGGGCCCAGCCAAAUGCCCUGGACGGCAACAAGGACACCCCGCUUCACUGGGCCGCCUUCAAAGAUAACCCAGAGUGUGUGAGGGCUCUGCUGGAGAGCGGGGCCUGUCCAAAUGCCCGGGACUACAACAAUGACACGCCUUUGAGUUGGGCAGCAAUGAAGGGCAACCUGGAGAGUGUCAAAGUGCUAUUAGACUACGGAGCCCAGGUCCAUGUGACCAACCUAAAGGGCCAGACCCCUAUAUCCCGACUGGUGGCCCUGUUGGCCCGGGGCCUGGGCACUGAACAGGAGGAGGAGUGCCUAGAGCUGCUGUGCCGGGCAGCAGGGCGGUUUGAGAUACGACGGGCUGACGGCACCCUUCCCAGGGAGCUGAGUAAGGAUCCCCAGCUGCUGGCGAGGCUGACCAACAUGGUGGCUCAGGCUCCCACACUUCGCUGUUUGGCACGCUGCGCUGUCCGGCAGAGUCUCGGAGUCCAGUUCCUGCCCACUGCUGUAAAAGAGCUUCCUUUACCAGAGACUAUCAAAGACUAUUUACUGCUUAGAGACUGAGGCGAUAAAACCACUUGGGGGCUCUCAGACCUCACUGUCUGAUUAUUAGACAGCUCAUCACACAUACAUGCAUUUAUUGGCAGGAAAGUGUCUCCGUUGAGUUAUAGGAUAUUGUCUGACAGUGGCCCCCAUUAAUCAAACCUUCUAGCAAACUAAUACAGAUUUGAGCACCGAGAGAGAAAUGUGCAAACCUCUCCAAGUCUUUUUCUUUUUUUAUAAUCUAGUGGCUGCACAUCUAAAUGAGCAGAUGAGUUGCACCAGUCCAUGUUAACACUGAUUCACCUAAAAGAAAUAUGCACUUUUUGGUAACUCAGAUCUGACAUGUUGAAAAGAACUCUUGGGUGCAAUAAAUGUGUCUCAGCCCUCCUGCAUGCAGCACAGAAUGAAACUAUAACAUCAGGGUUGUUGGGCUUCAUUUUUUUUAAUUGAGUUCAGUGGUAAAAUGAUCAAAUGCUCAAUACUAAAAUUUAAGAAAGUUUAUGAAUGAGGGCUAAUGUCUAGUCUAGUCUAGUCUCAAUAUAAUGUAGUUAGUAUGAUAAUUGGUGUGGCUAUCUCUCUCUCAAUGACGUCCCAGUGAACUCACAAUGCGAACUAUUACCAAUAAAAACAAACAAAAAAUAAAUAAAUAAAAUAAAGGGAACAGUUUGACUUGCUGUGUAGAAGCAGCAGAGGUUGCACGAUAUUAUCACUGGUUUGACAGAUUGGUUCACAAAAUUUGGCCUCCAUCUCGUCAAAAUUUUUAAAAAAUCAACACUGAUAAAAGUGAUAGCUGUCACUAUUUAUUUGGACUUUAUUGUAUCGAAGGGUGCAGUUGCCAAGGGGGAAUAAAAUGUUUUCGUUUUUUUAAUUAAUAAUUAAUGUUUUCAGUCUUAACUUGAAAACGUUGAAGUUUUCAAAUGUUCUCCCUCAUCUGAAAUUUUGCAAUGUGUUUAAAAAAAACAAAAAAAAACUUUUAUUUUAAAUUAAAUGUUAAAAAAAAAAAAAAAAGUGUUACAACCAUGAAAUGGCAUGAUUACUAAGUUGAAAGAGUCACUAAAUAAGCUCGCAAAAUGUAUUUACGUUUGUUAUGGCAUCUGUCUAAAAUCUGUGCUUGAUUUUGUUUUACUUGUUCUGUAUAAAACAACUUAACCCCUUAGAUAAUGUCUUGUGUACACCUGGAAAAAGUGCAUUUUUUUUCUUUGUCAACGUAAUGAAAGUAAAUGCCUUUAUAUUCCA